ACUAAGGGAAUGCUUGAACAAAGUCAUCUUUCCAGAUGUAUCAUUAUUGAUGCAAGCUCCGAGAAAAAACUCAUCCGAAAGAUCGAUUUCCACCUGAUGCCUUCGAUCUUCAUUCUUUACCUUUUCUCUUACAUGGAUAGGUCAAACAUUGGCCUUACAAAAAUCGCCGGAAUGGAGGAGGAUCUACACCUCACAUCACAUCAAUACUAUACAGCUGUGAUAGUGUGGGUGAUUGGCUAUACUAUUUCCGCGGUGCCAUCUAACAUGAUUCUCUGUCGGACUCGCCCAUCGGUUUUAAUCCCAAUAAUUACGUUUGCAUGGGGAACUGUGGCAGCCUUAAUCGGAGCUGUCCGUCAUCAGAGCCAACUGGUAGCCCUAAGAUUCCUUCUUGGGGUCUUUGAAGCAGGGUUUAGGGUGAGUGACUCGAAUGUAUUCCAUAACACUUUUGACAUUAGUGAAGCCAGCUGUGAUCUUCUUGAUUUCAACAUGGUAUCGAAAGAACGAGCAGUAUGUUCCCUGAUACAACCACAACCACGAAACAUCACUUACUCGAAGCAGAUCAAAACGCUUCAUCAUCUUCCUAACCGCAGGUAUACUCCCCGGAGCCUUCGGCGGCGUAAUAUCAGGAGCCAUCACAUCGACAUUGGAUGGCAAACACGGUAUCCGCGGCUGGAGAUGGCUGUUCAUUAUCGAAAGAGUCGCAACUGCCGGAGUAAGCUUGAUCGUCCACUGGACUCUACCCGACUACCCGCACAGCAGUCGCGGACUAUCCUCCGAAGAAGCCUCAUCUUUGAAUAC